CACCAGCCAUUCAAACGUCAAAAUACCUGAAGAGUUGUCAACUUUGCCACUUCUUCCUGCAGUCAAGAUUUUUUAACAGGCAAAAUGUUCCGUGUGCCGCUGGCCAAGGCCAUUUCGUUGGGGAGUCCCAAACGGGUGGCAAACAUCGCUGUCCGUGCAUCAGCCUCGGCAGCAUCGACUCCGGCCAAGGCACCCGAACGAAUUGAAGUUUUUGUUGAUGAUAUUCCAGUGCAAGUUCUCCCCGGAACGACAGUUUUGCAGGCUGCUGCAAUGGUCGGAGUGGAAAUUCCUCGUUUUUGUUAUCACGAACGCUUGGCCGUUGCCGGCAAUUGUCGUAUGUGCUUAGUGGAAGUAGAGAAGAGUCCUAAACCUGUAGCCGCAUGUGCUAUGCCUGUGAUGAAGGGUUGGAGGAUCAAGACCAAUUCAGAUCUGACCAAGAAAGCCCGCGAAGGUGUCAUGGAGUUUUUGCUGAUGAACCACCCGUUGGACUGCCCCAUCUGCGACCAGGGUGGCGAGUGUGACUUACAAGAUCAAGCCAUGGCUUUUGGAUCGGAUCGAUCACGAUUCACUGAUAUCAACUUUACCGGAAAGAGGGCCGUGGAGGACAAGGAUAUUGGCCCACUGGUCAAGACAAUCAUGACUCGAUGCAUUCACUGCACUCGCUGCAUUCGGUUCGCUUCAGAAAUUGCUGGUGUAGACGACUUGGGAACUACAGGACGCGGUAACGACAUGCAGGUCGGCACGUACGUCGAGAAGUUGUUCCUGACUGAACUUUCCGGCAAUGUGAUCGAUCUAUGUCCCGUUGGAGCCCUGACGAACAAACCUUACAGUUUUGUAGCUCGGCCGUGGGAAAUUCGGAAAAUUGAUAGUAUUGAUGUUAUGGAUGCGAUUGGAAGCAAUAUCAUCGUGAGCACUCGAACGGGCGAAGUUUUGAGGAUUCUGCCACGCGAGAACGAAGAAGUAAACGAGGAGUGGCUCGCGGAUAAGGGACGCUUCGCUUGUGACGGAUUGAAGCGACAACGCUUGAUUGCUCCCAUGCUCCGCACGCCCAGCGGUGAACUGCAAGCCGUUGAGUGGGAAAGCACUUUGAUCGCCGUUGCUAAAGCGGUUAGAAAAGCUCCAAAAGGAAGUGUUGUUGCAAUUGCUGGAAGUAUGGCAGAUGUCGAGGCUAUGGUUGCCACCAAGGACCUGUUGAAUCGAAUUGGAUCUGAAAUAGUUUGCACAGAACAGAGUUUGCCCACUCAAGGAUCCGGAUCUGAUCUAAGAUCAAACUAUUUGCUCAAUUCUUCUAUCCAAGCUCUUGAGGAAGCCGACGUUGUUCUGUUGGUUGGAACCAAUCCGCGCUAUGAAGCUCCACUUUUGAAUACACGUCUCCGCAAGUCGUACGUGCACAAUGAGUUGGAACUGGCACUUAUCGGUCCCAAAGUUGAUCUUUCAUAUAAAUAUCAGCAUUUGGGAGAUGGCGCUGAAUUAAUCAACCAGAUAAGCACUGGAACUCAUCCAUUUGCGCAGAAAUUGAAAAAUGCCAAGAAACCCGCUAUAAUUUUAGGCUCGGAAAUGCUUGCAAGACCAGACGGUGCUGGCAUCCUAGCCACGUUGCAGUCAUUCGCAAAUAAAAUCAGCAAACCAGAAUGGAAUGCAUUUAACGUUCUCCAUCAAAAUGCCUCCCAAGUUGGUGCUUUAGAUGUUGGUUACCGACCAGGCGUAGAAACGGCUCUAAAAGCUCAACCAAAAGUCGUUUUCUUACUCGGAGCCGAUGCCGGAAUCGUGACCCGCGAAAAAUUGCCAAAAGAUUGCUUCGUAGUUUACAUCGGUCAUCAUGGUGAUGCUGGCGCCACAAUUGCUGACGCCGUUCUUCCAGGAGCAGCAUACACGGAGAAGCAAGCAACAUAUGUGAAUACUGAAGGUCGAUCCCAACAGACUUUGUGCGCUGUUAACCCACCAGGAUUAGCACGUGAGGACUGGAAAAUUAUUCGAGCUCUUUCUGAAGUUGUUGGCGAACCUCUUCCUUACGAUACUCUGGACGAACUACGAGAACGCGUCGAAGAUAUUGCUCCCCACUUGGUACAGCAUGGAAAACUAGAAACAAACUCCUUUGCAACUCUUGCAGAACAAUUGGCUAAGGAUAAGAAAAUUGAUAACAGCAAAAUAACGGUCCGACAACAAACCCUUAAGGAUUACUUCAUGACCGAUCCAAUUUCCCGAGCUUCACCAACAAUGGCCAAGUGUAUAGCGGCUGUGAAGAAACAGGAGGCGAAAGCCCACUGAAUAAAUUAAAAGAAACUGUUCCGCUUAGAAAUUUCUAAUUAAAUAUUCUUGAUAAGUAGAGAACUUCUUUUCCUUAUACCAUUGAAUCUGAUGGAGGAUUCCAAGAGUUGAACAAUAUCAAUUUCAAUAACAAAUUCUUUCAAAGUUUGCAACAGAAUAACCACAACCACACGUAAUUGAUCUUAGCGCUGGAGUCUGAGAAACGGAAAGAAACUGAUUUUUGUAAAGUAAAAUUUGUAUAAGAUGUUGCAAGUAAGACAACCGACGGUGCAAAUAAUUGAUAACCUUGUUGUGUGUCGAAAUAAAAAUAAUUGUAAAGAAAUCUA